AUGGGCUCGAUAGAACCCACCGCUCGAGGCAUCACCGUCUUCUGCGGCUCCUCGUCCGGCGAUGAUCCCAUGUACGAGCGAGCAGCCAAGGAAGUGGGGGUGGCCAUUGCGAAGGCCGGGCUGCGUCUCAUUUAGUGAGUAGGUUGCAACAGCUCCAAUAGAUUGCAAUGUCUUUUUAUUUCGCUGAUCAACUUGACAUGUGGAUUCUUGCCCGAUUUGGCCUAAUGCUCGCCCAUCCUUCAGUGGUGGAGGUACCAAAGGCUUAAUGGGAGCCGUCUCCACGGCGUGCCUCGAAGCCGGCGGCCAAGUUCAUGGCAUCAUCCCCGUCGCGGUAACUUCGCCUAGAGAAGCACGAGGAAUCCCGCAUCUCUCCUUGCCCCGAUUUUCCUCCCCCUUUUGCUGACUCAGACCUCGGCCCCAUAUAACUGUUCCAGUUCCUUGCAGCGGAGGCGCCACCAGGUUCGAUCCCGACGAACCCGCGUUUCAAAGAAACCAACACGGCGUCGAUGCACGAGCGCAAGCAAAUCAUGGCCAGCGAAUGCGACGCCUUCAUCGGUCUACCCGGGGGGUUUGGGACGCUGGAAGAGUGUGCCGAGGCGUCCACGUGGACACAACUUGGGAUUCGUGAGUUCGGGGCCGAUGAUCUCUGGAUGUGACAUCGCCGAGUUACAUGACCCCUGACUGGGCCCAACCGCGCGGAUGCGUCCCCUCCUCCUACAACGAACAAUGCACGACUCGACGCCGGGACACUGAUGAAACCAAAGACCGAAAGCGUGAGUGAACGCUUGUCACUAUCCCGUUCUGUAGCUGCAGCAAGUCUGGAUCGUUUUUCGCUUCUUCGCCGCAGCGGUGAUGCUGCUCAACGUCAAUGAUUUUUAUUCGCCCCUCCGCUCGUUCAUUCAGGGGUUAGUCGAUCAUUGCUCAAGCAGUGGGUUCGGGCUCGGUCCUCGUGGCAAAAUACCCCUAAUACACUUUCCCCUCAAUGUUGGGCCCGUGCAGAGCCGUCUCGUCAAAGUUUAUCGCCGAAGUCAACAAGGCCUUCAUGAUCUUUGUCGACCGACCGACCGACGCCGACGAGGCGUUCAACUGGGGUGACGCGGCGCUCACAUCGAUCAGGGAGUGGGAAGCCGCUGGGAUGGGGGGAGGACAGGCUUAUUCUCUCGAAUGGCCAGAGCAGAAACGUGCCGAGCUGUUAUAG